AUGUCAAUGUGGCAUACAAUAGACUUGUCCAAGGCACACAGUCACUACACGCAUCUCAGUGCCAAAGUAAAGCUCUCUCUUCAGACUCUAAAGAGGUCAGGUGCUGCAAUACAUUCACAAGAGAACGGCAAUGGAAAUGGCAAUGGCAACGGCAACGGCAACGGCAACGGAAGUGUCAAUGGUAAUGGAUCAUCAGCUUCAAAGUGGAUGGCAAACUUGGAGUCGAUAGUGAACAACUUGGUGUCUAAUUAUGGCUUCCUCAUACCGGGGCUGGGCUCGGAUUCACCUCCAAUCUUCCAGCGACAUAAUCAUAACUUGCUAAAGUCAAAGGCCGCCCAACAACAAAUAGCCAGUCAGUUUGAAUUGCGAAUCGAUCGUUUCUUUGAGGACAUGAGCACGCGUUACCAACGCGUCGAAGUACUAGACCUGAGUGGCUGCACCGACCUCAAGUUGGCAUCUCUCUCACUACUCGUUCGCCAGUUCUCGUCCACGCUAACCAAGCUCGUCACGCGUCGUUGCAAGUCUGACACAAUGACUGAUUCAGGAUUCGCCCAACAAGUCGUGGCGAUGGCGCCUAAACUGCGUACACUGUGUGUUGGCGAGAUGCCAAUGAUUGGCGACGAGACCAUGGAAGCACUAUGCUCCACAACACCGGAUAUUGAGUGUUUGGGCCUGGCCCGAUGCCACAAGGUCACCGACCGUGGGAUCCACGCACUGGCCGCCAGCCAGCUGUGCACUCGAAUGCGUAUACUGGGCCUUAACCAUCUCGCACACCUGUCCGACGGCGCCAUCCUUCAGCUGGGCAUGGCCUGCAACAACUUGGUUAUAUUCAGCGCGAGCAACCUCAGAGAGUUGUCUGCCGACACGAUGGCAUCGAUCUUCCUGGCAUGUCCACGCCUGGGCUCAAUCGACUUGGGCGGCUGCGAGAACACAGACGACACGGCACUCGAAGCCAUCUCGAUCAACUGUCACGAACUCUUCCAACUCAAUGUCAGUCGAUGCAAGCGACUCACAUCACACUCAAUCAAUCUGGUGGUCAAGCAAUGCAAGCAACUGCGUAUACUGUUUGUAUCGCGUACGGCAAUUGACGAUGAUUGUCUGUUGAAUGCCACGGAACACCUACAGCUCGAGGUACUAUAUGCCAUGGGUUGUCCCAAUCUCACUGAUCGCACUGUGCAAGGACUGCUCAAGCUGGGCAACGAGCGAUUGAUUCGCAUGAACAUCAACUUGUUGUCAUGUCCCAACGUCUCACAAUCACUAGUGUCGAUACUACAGCAUCUGACCAAGCCGACGCCAGGCGAGGGCCGCGGCGCGUGCAUUGGUGGAUCUGAUGCGAGUUGCACGAGCAGCUCGCUUCUAAUGGACGACGAAUAA